AUGCGCUUCUAUCCGACAUUGGCUUCCGUGGCCUAUCUUGCCUCUGGCGUUCAAGCGCAUUUGCCCCACUACAACUAUGCGCGAAACGCCAACGCUUUGACCGUCUCCCUAGAACCUGUAUCUGGGCAGUCAGCUCAGGUCAAGGUCACUUUAAAGAACGACGGACCUACUGAUCUGAGUCUCCUCAAGAUUGGAAAUGAGUUACCGUUCAUGGGCAUCGAGUUGAGCCUAUACUACGAUGGACUUAAGACCAACCACUUUGAGACGCUUAAAACCGGGUCCUCCAUCUUUCGAGUUGUUGACUUGUCCACCAUGUACGACUUGGAGCCUGGUACAUACUCUGCAUAUGCAGAGGGUAGUCUUCCCGUCGGGUCUGAGGAGUCCAGCAAGCCGCUUCCCGCUUCCUUCAAGUCCAAGGCUCUCUCUAUCAAGGUUACCAAAGCGUCAUCAGCCGAGGCAAAGCAAAAAGCAUCGAAGCGUACCAUUCUCCAGGGUGACUCAUGCACCGCUGAGAAGCUCGAGCUCACUGCAAAUGGCGUCAAGAACUGUGAAACUCUUUCUCGAGCCGCAGCGAAGGAUGCAUCCGACAUUCACUCCGCGAGGUUCGUCGAGUACUUCAAGUCAAACGAGACCAAGGCUCGCGAACACGUCACAGGCCGACUUCUUGCCGUCGCCGAAGAGUGUUCUACUUCUAACAGUGGCAACACACGAGUCUUUUGCAGAGAUGAGAUUGGAUACUGUGAGAGCGAUGGCCCCUUGAUCGCUUACACGACCUGGGUCAACGGCUAUGUCACCAUGUGCCCGCUAUUCUACGAUACGCUGCCUCCUCUACCACUAAAGUGCCAUAAGCAAGACCACGCCACUACGACUAUUCACGAGAUGACGCAUGCUAGAGCCGUGUAUGAGCAGGAGGUUUCGACUCAGGAUUAUGCCUAUGGCUAUGAGAACUCUACUGCUUUAGAUCCUCUGUCUUGUCUUUACAACGCUGAUUCUUAUUCUCUUUACGCCAACGGUAUGUUCCUUAUGCUCCACGGCCCUGUUAAUAAAUUUGGUGAUCUGACAGUCCUCAAGCGGUUUAUCUGGAUUGUUGAUAGUGUCUGA